AUGAAGAUUGCGGCUUGGGAUGUUGCUUGUGCUGCGGAUGAGAAGAAGUGCUCUUCUUGGUUAACUACAACAGCACUACCACUAGAAAUUGACCACCAUGAUGCCUCCCCCGUAGCAACGUUUGUUUCUCUCGACCAAGGUUCUUGCUGCCAAGAACAGAUGGCCGACUGCGCCAGUACAGAAAACAUCAAGUCCGCCACCAUUGGUUCUCUACUCUUUCUCCUCAAUCACGUUGUUUAUUGUCUCGCCCAAGCUUCGACCAUCACUCGCCCACAUGCUGAUCACUCCAGUGUUGGCGUCAUGGCAAAAGUAGCCGCCAUUGGAACCCUGUUUUCUGGCCCUGUCUUUAUAUGGGAGCUCGGCGUUGGUGUUCCCGCCAUUUACCCUGCCAGUGAUUUGUUUCUCAGCCCCUUUCUCGCUCAAGUGGCAGCCGAUGUUGAUGCCAGUCUCUUUGAAUAUGGCCUGGAAAAUGAUGAUCGAGCAUUCUUGGCAACAUUUGGAGCCUUGAUUGGGCUGGGAAUGCUAUUUAGUGCAGUACUAUGUAUCCUUGCGGCUCGAAUCAAGUUGGCAAACAUGGGCUCCUUCUUGCCCUAUUGUGUCCUUUGUGGCUUUUUCUCAACAAUUGGCGUUCUGAUCUGGUCCCUUGGAUUCUCUGUCGACACCGGGAUGAAGAUUAGAGAGUUGAUACAUUAUGAUUAUCAGCAGGAAGGCAACGAAUCCUCAUGGAUGACAGUGUGGGGACAUGCUCUGCUUCAUCAUGCACCUUCGGUCGCCGUUGGUGUUACCAUGUACAUUGUGGCAGAACGGAACUCUCUCUACGUUAUUGCCUUGAUCUUUGCCACCGUUUUGAGUUCUUACUCCAUCCUUUGGAUCACGGGGACAUCCCUGGACGCUGCACAAGACAUGAACUGGUUUUUCUCGGCCAAAGACUUGCAAGAUCCACCCUUUUUCAGUUCGGAAGAUGAGGAAAGUGCAUGGUGGUGGUCUUGGGCGGCUCCUGCUCCAAUGGGUGUUUGGGUCAUGAUGCUACAUGGAGACGUCCAUUGGCCUUCCUUUCGGGCCGGACUUGCCACCAUGUCUGCAUUGGUGUUCUUGUAUGUCAUUCGCUGCUCUUUGCAUGCAGCGGCUCUGAAGAAAAACUUACCAAAUGUGACCCGCGCUGCGGCACAGCAGCCACCAGCUCAUGUCAUCAGCAGCAGUAACACAAAGACAGCCAAAGAGCCUUCCCUGGGCGAGAUAUUGGAAAAUGGAUAUGGAUAUAGUCAACUGCUGGCAGCACUCACAGGAGGUAUUGCCACUGCUCCAGCACUGGGAUCCGCAUCAACUCUAUUCAAGGUAGGUUUGGGACAGCGUUUGACUGCUGCUGUGUUCCUCGGGAUACUAACUUACAAGACUGUUCGAUUGCUACAGCUCGGAUGUGAUGGGGUGGGUCCCCAAUAUGGCUCCAUCCUUUUAGUAUUGGUGUUCUAUCUUACCAACUUCCAGCUAGUACAAUAUAUUCCAAAACCAGCAGUCUCAUCCCUCAUGGUUCUGGCGGGCAUUGAUAUGCUGAAAACCUGGCUUGUCCAGUCCUACAUCAAAACCAAGGCAAAGCUGGAGUGGAUGGUAGCUCCAACGAUUGUUGUGCUGGCGUUUACUGUUGGGAUGUUGAACGCAAUCUUUCUUGGUGUUGCCAUGUCAACAUUUAUCUUUGUGGCAGAUUUCUACCGAGCAGGAACUGUGAAGUUCGUAGGAAAUGGGCUAGCUCUUCGGAGUACAGUGGAACGGGGAGUGCCAGAAACAACUUGGUUGAACCAAAAUGGUGAUUUGAUCCAGAUUCUAGUCUUACAAAACUAUCUCUUCUUUGGCAAUGCUCAAUCUGUUUGGCAGUAUGCGAGCACAUUCUUUGAAGACCCAGUACCCGACGGGAGAAGAGAUGGCGCCUUAUUGAACAUGAUGGGAAACCUCGGCAAUGAAAUGCUGCAACCCAAGCCCAAGUAUGUGGUGAUUGACUUUGGCAUCGUAACAGGCUUGGACACUAGUGCUGUUGACAUUCUGAGAGAAAUCUCAUCUCUUUGCCGGAGCCAUGGGUGCCGUCUGUUCUUCAGUGGGCUCUCGCCGAGCCUGAAGUCCAAGAUCGUGUACGCCGGGAUCAGCCCAAGCCGAGCAUUCGCACCCGACUUGGAAUCUGCAUUGAUCAAAGCAGAAGACGCCCUCAUUAGAGAGGUCUCUGGGCUACGAGCAAAAGAUGAGUCGGAAUCUCGUGCCAUGGAUCGUGUUAUGUCUGAUCCAGGGCAAGGUUUUCUGCAGGCCCUAAAGAAAAUUGAUGAACAACAUGGCCUGGAUACAGCCCAUGAAUUGAAAGCUCUCUCACAGUACAUGAAACCCAUGGACUUGAAAGCCAAUGAGGUGCUUCACUGGGAGAAUGAGAUUCACCAUGGUCUUUUCUUCAUUGAAUACGGGCAGCUCCGAAUUGAACAUGGCGCCGAUUACACAAUCUCUCCUUCGCAUCAAAAGACAUUCCCUAGGAUUCAUGAAGCUUCGCCUGUCGUGAAUCCUCUGUCAAACAAUUCACUUGGUCACCUUAGCGCUCGGUCCGGGCCUUGGGGUCUCCAAUCGGCCCUGCUGAAGAACAGUAUGAGAGGACAAUCUGAGAUGACCGAGCAAAACUUCCGACUGGCCAGGAUCGGUCCUGGCUGGGUUGUGGGUAUGAUUGAAGAGUGCAGCGGAAUGAGACGGGCUGGUGUUUAUGUCUGUGACUCUCCUUGUCGGGUGCACCACUUGCAGUACGACUCCAUGAAGCAUAUUGAACAAUCUGAUCCCAAGCUGAUGAUGAACCUGUAUAAGCUCAUGAGCAACGUCUCACUGAAGAGGCAGGAACUGACGAUUCGUCAAUUAGCGCAAUUUGUUGCGAUUAUCCAAUCCCCCAGCUAUCCCAUUGAACCUGAGACAGUGCGGUCUCUUGCACGAGUCGGGCAACUGUAG